AUGACUUUCUGGGUCAAACCGCCUACACCCAAGACCAAGCUAGGUCGCUACCGCCUUUUGUCGCCCACCGCGGGAGUCCAUGUCUCUCCUCUCCAGCUCGGGGGCGGGAACAUUGGCGACAAGUGGGCAGCACUGGGAAUGGGCAGCAUGGACAAGGAGUCGAGCUUCAGGCUUCUCGACGCAUACUACGACAACGGAGGCAAUUUUAUCGACACGGCAAACCUCUAUCAGGAAGAGACGUCCGAGAUGUUCAUCGGUGAAUGGGCUGAGAAGCGUGGCAUCCGGGACCAGCUCUUCAUAGCGACCAAGUACACUACCAACUAUAAGAGCCGUCAACCAGUAGCCCAGCAGAUGUUCUACGUCGGAAACAGCAACAAGGCAUUGCAUAUUUCCGUCGAGGAGUCACUCAAGAAACUUCGGACGACCUACAUCGACCUUCUCUACGUCCACUGGUGGGAUUACGAUACUAGCGUCGAGGAGGUGAUGAGAUCGCUUCAUACCCUCAUUCUGCAGCGCAAGGUUUUAUAUUUGGGUAUUUCUGACACCCCUGCUUGGGUCGUCGCUAGAGCGAACCAGUACGCGCGCGACCACGGCUUGACUCCGUUCGUUAUCUACCAAGGGGCAUGGAAUGUCAUGGACCGUUCUUUCGAGCGCGAUAUCAUUCCAAUGGCAAGAUCUGAAGGAAUGGCCCUUGCACCGUGGAACGUACUCGCAGGUGGAAAGUUUAGGACCGACGCAGAAGAGGAGCGGCGCCGCCAAACUGGAGAGAACGGGCGCGUUAUCAUGGACCCAGUCUGGGAGAGGAGCGACACCGAGAAGAAAAUCAGUGCGGCUCUUGAAAAAGUCGCAGGAGAGGUAGGGGCAAAGCACAUUACCUCAGUCGCCAUCGCGUACGUGAUGCAGAAAACGACCUACGUCUUCCCCAUCAUUGGAGGUCGCAAAGUCGAACAGCUCCUCGCCAACGUCGAAGCCCUCGAUAUUACGCUCAGCGACGAGCAGAUUAAAUUCUUGGACAGCAUCGUCGACUUCGAUCUCGGCUUCCCGCAUUCCAUGAUUGGUGAUGGUUCUCAAGCCAGUACCGUCCUCCAACUCACUGCACACAUCGACGAGAAGCCUGUGGCGGCACCCGUUCGACCCUCUGGUAAUUAG